AUGGCAGAUCAGAUUCCGUCAUCGCACUCACCCUCAACUCCUCACCCGCCCCCGUCGCCCGCUACGGCUUCUGGGAAUCGACCGCGAAGUAACUCUCUAGCACAAUCAAUAAGGCGCGCAUCGAUAUCAUUGUUGGAUGCACAAGUUCCCUCAGGUUUCUUCCAAGUCGCAGGGGAGAUCUCGGCCCAGUCAAGAACUAUGACCGAUAUGGAGAAAGAUGACAAAGCUCACGCUAAAAGAAUCGAGAUGAUACGUCGCACCACAAUCACAGAAGAGGAUCCGAAUGCACCGGAACGGCCGGAACGGGCUGUCCAGGAGAAUAGUCACUUUCUCGACAAGGAAACGGGGUCUAGCUCUUCGGAACCGGACGAAAGAAGAAUUCUGACACCCGAAGAGAUCGCGGCUGGUGUCUUAUACCCCGGCGAGGAGGAGGUUAAACUAACGAAAUGGCAAGCGACCAAAAAGUUCCUGGCUGCCUUUUGGAAAUGGUUCCUGACACCAAUGGGUUUCCUUAUCACCCUAUACUUCUUACUGGUUGUCGCAUGGGGUGGUAUGAUCUUCUUGCUCCUUUGCAAUGCUGCCCCGGCUAUGAGAGGUCCCUAUGGCGCCAACGACAAACGAUCCGCCCGUAGUAUCUGGAUAGAAAUUGAUGCCCAGAUUCUCAACGCCCUCUUCUGCGUUACAGGCUUCGGUCUAAUCCCAUGGCGUUUCCGCGACUUCUAUUAUCUAAUGCGAUACCGCAUGAAACACGAUCCAGUAGCCCUGAACCAUCUCGCCAACAUCCACCGCGGGUGGUUCCGGAUGGACGAUAAGGGACCAAGGACAUACCCAAUCCGACACCAGGGCAGCGAUGAGGAGGAUCUUUCACAAUCGCAAACUACACAACUCACGCAAGCUACCCAUAGGACCAUGUCCCGAACAAGGACAGGACAGUACGCCAGUCCGACCGCACUCUGGAAGCUCGAUCUCGUUAUUUGGUUCUACGUUUGGAAUACAAUCUUCCAAGUUAUCCUUGCCGGCGGUAUGUGGGGUAUGAACCGAUAUGUGAGGCCUGCCUGGUUCACAGCAUUAUUUAUCGUUUUGGGAUUCGGUGUCGCUAUCGCCGCUGGCGUCGUUAUUGGCAUUGAGGGGAAGAGAAUUAAGAAAACCGAGGGUUCUCCGUUGAAACGAUUGCCCCUAUCUAGAAUCAGCGACGAGGAUAAGGCGGAAAUUAUCCCCAAAAAGGAGGGAAGGAAAUGGUGGAAGUUUAUCGAUCGGGACAACUAA